CGUGUCAUGUAUGUCUAAUUCUCCAUGCUACCUCGUCCGCUUAAGUUAGUAUGAUGUCCAGAACGUUGUCGUCUGCGAACUGUGAUGACUCUUAAAUGUUCUGAUGCUAGUCCUUAAUAAGUUGAUGAAAUUAUGGUUCUAUUAUUUGAGUGUCUUUAUAUGCUUUGUCUUAAGUUUAACGUACCUCGAUUUGUCGAUUGGCUACAAUGUGUUUCAAAAGACUAAAUGUGUGCCAUCUCCACAUAUCCUAGCAUGGACCCUGCCAGCAAUGCGACAUCGUCGCAGGCGAUGUCGAAUCCGUCAAAUGCCCAGCAAUUUCCUCCACCACCACCCUUAUGGCCAACAGGUUACAUGCAGCAGAAUCCAGUCGAUUGCAACAUGAUGGGAAACAUUAAUUUUCCUAGUCCUGGUCAAGGUCCAACUACAAUGUGGGCGCCAAUUCAGGCAGGGAACACUAGUUCCCAAUCAACCAUGAUCCCUGCUUCCCAAUCUGCACUAUAUUGGAAUCACUACAUGAAUUUUGUGAGGAACCCUCUUGGCUCGGUGGGAAUGAGUCCAUACACGGAUUCAUAUCCACCUUCACUAUCAAGUACACCGUUGCAGGGUUCUAAUACUAUACCACAAAUGCCUGUAAACUUGGAGUCAGAUGCUGAACACAGUGUUCAGGACAUCAAUAGUCCUGAGAAAAAUGCACCUCCAGUUCAAAAACAAAAGAAAUCUAAGGAACAAAACUUUACAGCCCCAGAAGACAGACUCCUUUGUACUACUUGGUUGCAAAUAAGUAGUGACCCCAUUGUGAAUACUGGGCAAAGGAGGGAGGGUCUCUGGGCCAGAAUUGAAAAAAGGUACAAUGAACAAAGGGGGGAAUUUCCUUGUCGACUUAACAGAGCACUCAGUAGCCGAUGGGACAAGAUAAGGGCUGAUGUCAGUAAAUUCUCUGGAUACUACGCGAGAGUUCUACGAGAAAAACAAAGUGGUCUAAGUGAUGACGAUAAGACAUCGAAGGCAGCCACAUUGUUCGCUCGUGAGGAGGGCAAACCAUUUCAUUAUAUGCACUGCUGGCAUCAACUGAAGGGGGAACCCAAAUGGGAGAGCAUAUGUCAAGGACACUCUUUUAGAGGAUUACAUGCAAGAUCAAUACCUUCGUCGGGGUGUCCAUCAGUGCAAACACCGGAGACUGACAGUGGAUCCGCUGGACUCUCAGGAAAAAGGCCCCGUGGCCGUGAUUUCAGUAAAGCUGAGAGAAAGAAAGCUGGUUCAUCUUCGUCCCCGGAGUACUUAAGCCGAUUACAAGAAAUUACUGAGAAACAAAUACAGAGGUCCAUUGAAAAGGGGGAAAAAAAAGAAAAGACCACUGAAGAAGAUAGGGAGAUACAAAAGAAGAGAUUGGACUUGGAAGCCCAAAAGUUAAGCAUAAGACAAAGGGAACUCAAACUAGAAGAACUCAAAUCAGCAGAACAACGUUUGCAGAUGCUGUUGUCGACAAACGAAGAAGAUGUAGAUCCUGAAGUUUGGGUUGUCAUGAAGGAACAGAAAAAAAAAUUGCAGCAGUUCAUAUUUACUUUUGAGCAAUGAUGAAAGGUUGUGUACGCUGUGCGCCUGUGCUAUUCACACUUGUUGAGACAAUUUUAGGUUACUUCGUUUACGAAUUUGUAAUAUGCGGAACCGUAUUUGUUUGGUCGAACCACUGUAUCUUAAGUUGUUUGCUGUUGUAUUAGACAAUAAUGAGCUUGGAUGUCAUAAAUGUUUGAACAAUAUUAUUGACAAUCGAAUGGUAUGUUAUAAAUUGUUCAAGAAAACAUGAUUUCUUAUGUUCCGUUGUGUGUGGUACAAUAAAACUUAGUAUGUGAACUAAAAUGUACAAGGCUGUUUGGCAAAUUUGCGAAACGUAGCUUAUUUAUUCGAAUACAAACUUAGACGAGAACACAUAACAAGUAGUGAUAGUAAGUACGAACUCAGCUGCUACGACACUCAAGUAUUACAUACUUCCACGGCGACUCCAUAAGUGCUCGACAAGAUCAUUUUGAAGGGAGCACGAUCUAUCUUGGCGACGUAGAUCGAAGUGGUUAAUAACC